CACCUGUAAUCCCACCUACUUGGGAGGCUGAGGCAGGAGAAUUGUUUGGACACGGGAGGCGGAGGUUGCAGUCAGCCAAGAUCGCGCCAUUGCACUCAAGCCUGGGCGAUGGAGUGAGACUCCGUCUCAACAACAACAGCCAAGAGCAUGAGGGAGGGAACCCAGGGGAUGUCUGGAGGAAAAUAUUCCAGGCAGCGGGAAUAGGAAGUGCAAAGACCCUGAGGUGGGGCGGGGGAGAUGAAGCAGCGCGGGUGAGGAGGAAUGUCAUGGGCCAUGAGGUCAGUGUGCAAGGCUGUUUCCAAGACCUUGGCUCUUACUGUAAGUGAAGCUGGGGGCCACGCAAGUGGGUUGGAGCAGAGGAAAGCUGUGAUCUGACUUGCAUUUGAACAGUACUGCUGUGGCUGCUGUGCGGGGAGAAUAGGUCGCAGGGACACAGAUGGAGGCAGGGAGGCCAGGGGGAGGUGGUGGUGAUAGUCCAGGCAAGUGAUGGUAGCAGAUCGUAACUGGGCAUGGUCAUUGUGUCUUGGACAUGUCAGAGUGUUGUAGCGCCACCCUAUGGUGAGGCCAUGGGGUGGAAGAGUGGCCCCAGAGCCUCAGCUUCCCUGACCUGGGCCUCUGCCCUAAGCACCCCUAUAGGCUCUGGCCACCCUAGUCAGGCCUGAUCUCUUGUGCAGGAACCCUGUCUCCAAGGCUCUACCCCUGUUCCAGAGCCCGAGGGGAAGUACAGGAAGCAGGAGGAAGCGCUGGGUUGAUCCAGUGUCCUGGCCGAUUUGUUCCCAGCAGUGGGAGGAUUUCCGGGCCUGAAUAGCAGGAAAUGUUGGGAUGGGACGCCUCACCCGGGAAGAGUGGGCGGAGGUGGAUGGGGGAGGGGUCCCUACUGUAGCUCACUCCACUGCUGCUGGACAGAGAGCCCAAAAGCCUACUGUUGCUGGGCUGUAGCUUGAGGAACUGUGGUUGGAUACCAGCUAGGGCUUUCUAGGAGAGAAGAUUAGCGAUGAAGAAUCCUAGAAUGUUAGAACAGGGAGGGCUAUCAGACAACGUCUCAAGGAGGAGGAGCUUUUGGCCUUAGGAUUGGGGGAACCCACAAUUUUAUUUUUUAUCUCGGCUUCCUUUUUUUUUUAAAUAUGAAGCUCCUGUAUUUGAGGAGGUGGUCCAAUAUUUGACCUCCCCUCCCCAUUUUGCAGAUGGGAAGGCUGAGGCCUUUCUUAGCCAGAAAACCUGGGCCCAACCUAACAAAAUUAAUGAUGACAGCGAUUAACAAUUAACAUUGACUGUUUACUAUUCAUGCAUCCCUUUAAGCAAUAUUGCUUUCUUUCAACCUCUUCUUCUUGGGUUCAAGUGAUUCUCUUGCCUCAGCGUCCCAAGUAACCGGGAUUACAGGCGUUCGCUGCCACACCCGGCUAAUUUUUCUUUAAGCAAUAUUUCUUGAGCUCCUGCAGGCACUAUGUUGGGGACUGGGUCUCAAUGGUGAAUUAGACAAAGUCAACACUUUCAUAAGGGCAUCAGAUAAUUAAGUCAGCAAUUAAAUAUAAAGUGGCCAUUUCAGGCAGAAAUUGCAAAAAUUGAAAAUAAAGUAGGAUUGGGAACACAGAGUGAAGAAACGAGGGACUAUUCGAGGUGGGGAGGUCAGGGAAGGCUUCUCCAAAGAGGUGACAUUAAGCAAAGCCCUGAAUAAAGAGGGAGGAGGGACAAGCUUCAUGAAGCCCUUGGGGAAGAGCAUUCCACGCAGAGGGAACAGCAAGAGCGAAGGCCCUGUGGCCGGAACAAGUUGCCAAGGAGGGUGGGGCAGAGGCAGAAUAAGGGACAGGAGGUGCAAGGGAGACAGGCUGGAGAGGUGGCGGGGUGGCUGUUGGGUACCAGCAGGCCACACAGGACCUUGUGGGUUAGGGAACAGAUGAGCCAAUUUUUGCCUGUUUUUCUGGCAUAAUCAUGGUACCCUCUUUAUUCUUGCAAAGGAAGAAAAGUUCUGGUUUGGAUGAUAAAUUGCACGGCCGCAGAGAGGAGUUUAGAUUGUGUUCUUCUAGAGAUGGGAGCCGGUGAAAGGCUGAGGAUGGUGUGUGUGCCAUGAUCUGCUUAGGUUGUAAGCUUGGGCGCCUUCUGGUCUCAGGGCAGAAGCUGACUGUGGGUGAGAGUGGACAUGGAGCCCGAGGGAAGGCUCCUCUGCUCCACCGGAGACACGAGGGUGGCCCUACUGUGGGGACGGGGUGGACAUGCGGAGAAGAUUCUGACGGUGGAGCGGCAGGAUUUCCUGCUGGACUGGGUGUGGAGCUGAAUGGAAGAGAAGGGGCACAAAGGACCAUAUGGUUUUUGGCUAAAGUGGCAGGAAAGAGGAAACUGACAUCAGCUGAGCUGGGGAAGAUGGGGAGGGGGCGGGGUGGAGCCACAGUUCUGCUUUGGAUACAACAAGUUGGAGAUAGCCUUCAGAUAUCCAAGGGGAGGCGUCCAGGAGGUAGUUGGGUUUCCAAGUCUGGGGAUGGAGGGGCAGGUCUAGGCUGCCUGAGGGUAGGGGUAGCAUUUAAGGCAGUGCAGUUGGGGGGAGUGGUUCAUGGUGGCCCUCAGGAAGCAGGAAGGAAAAAUAGCCACCUCUGGCCUCUGGUCGCUCCAGGCUCUCCACUCUGGGGGCGGAAUCAAUUCCGCAGCCCUCUAGCACCGGCAGUGGCUCCGCAGUGUGCUUGGCAGUGGCCGUGACUAGGUCACUCUACCCUAGGAAGUGAGCGCAGGGGCUGCUGGAGAGCCGGAGGCUGGCGGCGACUAUGUGAAGUUCUCCAAGGAGAAGUACAUCCUGGACUCAUCGCCAGAGAAACUCCACAAGGAAUUGGAGGAGGAGCUCAAACUCAGUAGCACGGAUCUCCGCAGCCAUGCCUGGUACCAUGGCCGCAUCCCCCGAGAGGUCUCAGAGACCUUGGUACAACGCAAUGGCGACUUCCUCAUCCGGGACUCGCUCACCAGCCUGGGCGACUAUGUGCUCACGUGCCGCUGGCGCAACCAGGCCUUGCACUUCAAGAUCAACAAGGUGGUGGUGAAGGCAGGCGAGAGCUACACACACAUCCAGUACCUGUUUGAGCAGGAGAGCUUCGACCAUGUGCCCGCCCUUGUGCGCUAUCAUGUGGGCAGCCGCAAGGCUGUGUCAGAGCAGAGUGGUGCCAUCAUCUACUGCCCGGUGAACCGCACCUUCCCACUGCGCUACCUCGAGGCCAGCUAUGGCCUGGGACAGGGGAGUAGCAAGCCCGCCAGCCCUGUCAGCCCCUCAGGCCCCAAGGGCAGCCACAUGAAGCGGCGCAGCGUCACCAUGACCGACGGGCUCACUGCGGACAAGGUCACCCGCAGCGAUGGCUGCCCCACCAGUACGUCACUGCCCCGCCCUCGGGACUCCAUCCGCAGCUGUGCCCUCAGCAUGGACCAGAUCCCGGACCUGCACUCACCCAUGUCGCCCAUCUCCGAGAGCCCUAGCUCCCCUGCCUACAGCACUGUAACCCGUGUCCAUGCCGCCCCUGCAGCCCCUUCUGCCACAGCACUGCCUGCCUCCCCUGUCACCCGCCGUUCCAGUGAGCCCCAGCUGUGUCCCGGAAGUGCCCCAAAGACCCAUGGGGAGUCAGACAAGGGCCCCCACACCAGCCCCUCCCACACCCUCUGCAAGACCUCCCCGUCACCGUCACUCAGCAGCUACAGUGACCCGGACUCUGGCCACUACUGCCAGCUCCAGCCUCCCGUGCGUGGCAGCCGAGAGUGGGCAGCAGCUGAGGCCUCCAGCCGGCAGGCCAGGAGCUAUGGGGAGAAGCUAAAGGAACUGUCAGAAAAUGGGGCCCCCGAGGAGGACUGGGGCAAGACCUUCACCGUCCCCAUCGUGGAAGUCACUUCUUCCUUCAACCCGGCCACCUUCCAGUCACUACUGAUCCCCAGGGAUAACCGACCACUGGAGGUGGGCCUUCUGCGCAAGGUCAAGGAGCUGCUGGCAGAGGUGGAUGCCCGGACACUGGCCCGGCAUGUCACCAAGGUGGACUGCCUGGUUGCUAGGAUACUGGGCGUUACCAAGGAGAUGCAGACCCUAAUGGGAGUCCGCUGGGGCAUGGAACUGCUCACCCUCCCCCAUGGCCGGCAACUACGCCUAGACCUGCUGGAAAGGUUCCACACCAUGUCCAUCAUGCUGGCCGUGGACAUCCUGGGCUGCACUGGCUCUGCGGAGGAGCGGGCAGCACUGCUGCACAAGACCAUUCAGCUGGCGGCAGAGCUGCGGGGGACUAUGGGCAACAUGUUCAGCUUCGCGGCGGUCAUGGGUGCCCUGGACAUGGCCCAGAUUUCUCGACUGGAGCAGACAUGGGUGGCCCUGCGGCAGCGACACACAGAGGGUGCCAUCCUGUACGAGAAGAAGCUCAAGCCUUUUCUCAAGAGCCUCAACGAGGGCAAAGAAGGCCCGCCGCUGAGCAACACCACGUUUCCUCAUGUGCUGCCCCUCAUCACCCUGCUGGAGUGUGACUCGGCCCCACCCGAGGGCCCUGAGCCCUGGGGCAGCACGGAGCAUGGCGUGGAGGUGGUGCUGGCCCACCUGGAGGCUGCCCGGACAGUGGCACACCACGGAGGCCUGUACAACACCAAUGCUGAGGUCAAGCUGCAGGGGUUCCAGGCCCGGCCGGAGCUCCUGGAGGUAUUCAGCACGGAGUUCCAGAUGCGCCUCCUCUGGGGCAGUCAGGGUGCCAGCAGCAGUCAGGCCCGGCGCUAUGAGAAGUUCGACAAGGUCCUCACUGCCCUGUCCCACAAGCUGGAGCCUGCCGUCCGCUCCAGCGAGCUGUGAUCCCAGGGACGUUUCCCCUCUGCAGCUGCGGACAGCGUCAGGGGCAGAGGGGGCACAAACCUUUCCCCAGAGCACCCCAAGGACACUGUGAUCAACCCGAGAAUGUUCUGGGUUCAACUCAAGCAUCUCCCUUGCACCUCCAGGGUCCUGCGUGGACCCUGGGUUCCAUCCCACCUGCUACACGCUCACCAGGUCUCCGUUGAGGAAGAACAGGAACGCCGGUUCCCCCACCAGCUUUUGCUGCUCCCCUUCCUGCUGGGGUUCCCUGUUUUCGAGCCACGGGAGGCAGGCUGCUCACGCCUCCUCACUCUCCGUCUGUCCCUCACCCACACCAAGGCCUCCGUCUCACUGUAAAUAAGUCUCUGUGUUCUCUGUAAAUAGAUGUACAGAAGCCAUGUUAUUUCUUUCAUAUAAUAAACUUUUAUGACUCUUUA